AUGCGUAUAAAUUUCUGCAAGAGGAUUAUAAAGAAGAUAAUGGGGCAUACACUCAGUGAACCAGUGACCACAAGGAAGUCUGUAUACUGUAGAAAUUCAAACUAUAGAGUUGGAAGUUCAUGUAUGCAAGGAUGGCGUAUCAAAAUGGAAGACUGUCAUGUUCAUAUACUUUCAUUACCAGAUGAUCCUGGUACUGCAUUCUUUGCAGUGUAUGAUGGGCAUGGAGGUGCAGCAAUGGCAUUGCAUGCAGGGAAACAUCUUCAUGAAUACAUAAUUAGGAGAAGCGAGUACAAAGCUGGUAAUAUUGUUCAAGCCAUGGAACAAGGUUUUCUAGAAUUGGACAAAGCAAUGCAACAUGAUGUGACUCUUAAAGAUGAGCAAGCUGGAACUACCGUUAUAGCUCUUCUUGUUAAGGAUAAUAUUUUAUAUAGUGCAAAUGCAGGUGAUAGUAGAGCAGUAGCAAGUAUUAAGGGUCAUGCAGUUCCACUCAGUCGCGACCAUAAACCUACAUUAAAAGAUGAACGUGAAAGAAUCGAAGCUGCUGGUGGUUGGGUUGAAUUUAAUAGAGUUAAUGGUCUGCUUUCGUUAUCUCGUGCUCUUGGAGACUUUACGUUUAAACGAAAUGAACGUAAAUCACCACAAGAACAAAUCGUGACUGCUUUUCCGGAAGUUCAACAGUUUCAAAUAACAGAAGAUUGGGAAUUUGUUGUAUUGGCCUGUGAUGGUAUUUGGGAUGUAAUGACAAGUAAUGAAGUAGUCAAUUUUAUUAGAGCGCGAUUAAUGCAGCCAAAGUUUGGGACUGGGCAAGAAAAUGACACAAUGGAUCCCGAAGAGAUCUGUGAAGAACUUAUACAGCAUUGUCUUGCACCAGACCCUUUAAUGGGUACUGGAUGCGACAAUAUGACUGUUGUUCUUGUUUGUUUCCUUCACGGAAAACCAUAUUCUUAUUUAAUCUCGCGUUGUAGAGAGUCCAGUAGUACAAAUCCGUAACUAUUUAAAUUACUCAUAUUUUGUAUCAUCUCCUAAAUUUAUAUUUAAUUUUACACCGUAACGAAAUAAUCAUGUUUCAUCGAGUAUCAUAUCGCGGCUGAAAAAUUCUUAAAAUUCUUUUCCGAACUCUUACUUUUUAAAACUAUGAAUCCAAAAUUUUUAACAAAUAUUUAUUUUAUACCAAUAAAAGUAUUUUCUUUUAUCAAUUAUUAUCAAUAUUUCUUAUUUAGGAUUUUUAAUGAAAAAAUUACGAGCAAGCUGAAUUAUAAGUUUUUAUUUACAAUUUCGAACAAUGGACAAGAAGUGUCCAAAUAUAAGUUUAGUAACAAUCUUAAUAAAAUGCAUAAGUUUUCAUUCAGAGUCCGUAGCGAUCUUGUAAAGAGGAAACAGCCGCAUUAGCAAGGGAGCUUAAUCUGCCUGCGACCUUGUUUACUCCUUGACGAACACUUUCCCUGACAUCAUCUAAAUCCACUCCUGCUCUUCCGCCACCAAGACGCAUUGACAAAGAAGACGUAGGAGAUGUUGCCGUAGAACUUCCUGUGCCAAAAUAAUCAGCUGACGAUAUACUAGACGAACCUUCGAAACGUCGUAAGUUGCUUUUACGUUCCCACUGUAAUAAAAUGACAGAACAUUCAUUUAAACUAAAAAAUAAACCUCAUACAAAAUUAUUAGUAUGUAAAAUAAACGUACAGAAUCGUCAUCUUUGCUGUCCUGAAAAUACUGAUCUGAACUAAUAGCUUUAGCACUACCAAAUUUCUUUUGUGCUUCUCCUUCCAAUAUUUUAUUAUCAUUCUUAUUACUGUUUGGUUUACUCGGCGGAGCUGUUCGUUUUGGUGGUUCUGGCUCUGCAAUAACAAGUACUUCCUCAUUACGAGAUUUAUUGUUAUUGUUGCUAUUAUACGGGGUUGAUAAGGCCGCAUAAAAUUCAUCUAAACUAAUAAAAAGAUCUCGUUCAAUAUCGAUUUCUCUUGGCUUUGGUUCAGAUGCAGUUAUAGUUUUCGAUGAUGUUUCCUGGGUUAUUGUCCGCAUGUCACCAACCGCAGAAUGACUUGCGCCACUGAAAAGUAUAUAUUCUAAUAUUAUAAUUGUGAAGAUAGUGCUUCUUUUCUUCAAAAAAUACUGUUAGCAUAAACAAUACAGCAUAUAAAGAAAAUGGAACAAAUA